AUGGCUUCGGAAAGCCUGUUGCCAUCUAGCCUUAGCACUGUUGGUUUGAACGCAUGGCAAGAAAACAUUCAACACACCAUCGCAUCUGGAGCAAGUUAUAAUGAAUCCUUUUGUGUCACCUGCCCCAAUGUUGAGGGCGCAGAAGAAUACUGUGCAGACUAUGACAAACUGCGUGGCCAGGGUGUCUCACUCAAGAUUUUCACUGCUGCAAAUCUGAGUGAGGCUCUGCAGUUUGAAUACGCGCUUGUGCAGAAUCCGCUGGACGAGCUACCUUACCACAAACUCAACUACGAUGUCUCGCUCCUUGACUGCGCUGAUCCGCUUGACCAUGCCUUGCUUUAUGGCAUCGGUUUCAACACCGAAAAUCACCGUGAAAUUACGGAUCAAUCCAUGUCGGCCGAAGACAGGAAGCACAAAGUUGAUUUAUGUCCCGGAUACAAGGGUGGGCUAAGAGUAUCGUUCAAAGCAGAGGAGAGCUGCGACGGUGACGUCUGUGAGCCGAUCGACUGUAACGAAGACGAUUGGUGUAAGAUAUAUUUCUUUCAGCGAACGAGGGACGGAGAGCCGAGUUUGAGCUGUGGCGGAGAGUUCAGGGGAAAUGUGGUAUUGGAUCUUUGUGUGGCUAGUGCUGGUGCCAAUAUCAAUACUGAGGCUGGCAGCAAAUAG